AUGGCUUCGUCGUUCGCCGAGUCCGAGCCGUCUGCGGCUUCCCGUCUGCUGGCGGCGCACACUCAAAAUGCUCACCACGUUGAGGUCGAGGACGUGCCCGAUGAGGACCUGCCUGCCCCGGUCGCCUCGAACGCCAACGCCGCUGAGCCCCCGAAGUCGUCGGCUGAGUCGUCUGCUGCUCCCAAGGUCCCCGCGCCCAAGACGGCCCGGUACGAGGAGCAGUUCCCCGAGCUCGGUAGCGGCACCAAGUCAGCCCCUGUCGCUCCUGUCUGGGCUGCCCGUGCCGGUGCCGCCAACGGCACUCCCCCCAGCUCGGGCCCGUCUUCGGGCAUCAAUACCCCGAAUGCUGCUGCUGCUGCUGCUGCUGCUGCUGCUCCGCGCGGCCCGCGCACUCUGACCAUCCCCGGCCGCAACGUCGAGUACAUGCUUCUGGAUCCUCACCAUGUGCUGCCGCGCAACCAGCUCAAGCGCCCCCUCGUCGACAUCGUCAAGGACUUCAACCGUCGCUCGCGUGCCCAGAUCAAGGUCACUACCCAGGCCGAUGGCAAGGUUCGCGUCGAGGCCACUGGCCCGCAGGAGAUUGCCACCCAGGCUCUCAAGGAUUUCAUUGCUAUCAUUGGCACAAAGCAGAAGAUCAAUGUGCAAAUUCCUCGCAUUGCCCGCGCCCACAUCAUUGGCAAGGGCGGCUCCGUCAUCAAGGCCCUGCAGGAGCAGACGGGCGCCCGCAUCCAGAUGCCCAAGCUGCCGGAGGGAGAGCAGUUGCCUGAUGACGAGGACGACGACGCCCUGAUUGACGUCACCAUCGAAGGCAACGCCCAGCAGGCCGCUGCUGCGAGAAACGCCGUCCUCAAGAUUGCCGGCGAGCGUGCUGGCAAUGUCAACACUCGCGUCAAGGGCAUCCCCGCCGUCUUCUACCCCUUCCUGGCCAGCCACAAGGAGACCCUGGAGAAGGACAGCGGCGUCCAAAUCCGUGUGCCGACCUACCAUCCUUGGUCGGCCCAGCCGCCCGUUGUCCCGGCCCCCGGCCAGCGCCCCGAGUUCCCUCCCGCCGUUGAGGAGCUCAUCCAGCUGGCUGGCGAGCGUGAGGCUGUCCGGCUGGCUCGUGAGGCCAUCGAGCAGCGCGCUCGUGAGCUGCACCAGCAGCUGAUGAUGGAGCAGCUCUCCAUCCAGCGCGGCCGUCACCAGUUCAUUAUUGGCGAGCGCGGUGUUCCCGUCCACAAGUUCUUUGAGGAGACCGGCUGCGCCAUCAUCCUGCCCACCGAUGAGGAGGAUGAUGUUGUGACCAUCGUCGGCCCCGCUGAUCGCGUCCACCACGGUGUCGAGAAGGCCAUGGAUUUGGCCAUGAAUAUGCAGUGCGCCAACCUGGACAUUUCCAGGUUCUACCGCCAGGCUCCCGGCGGCGCCGCGGUCCACGCCCGCAAUGUCACUCGCUACCUCCGUCAGAGGAAGGAGAUCGAGCGUUUGGAGAAGCUCUACUCGGUUCACUUCAAUACUCCCUUCUCUGAGGAUGGCGCUCUUCCUUGGGAGCUGUAUUCGCGCGAUGGCAAGAACGCCCUCCGUGCGCAGUCUGAGAUCAAAGGCCUGGUCGAUGCCCAUCCUCCGGCCCGUAUGGCUACCAUUGUCGUGGACCCGUUCUUCCACCACUACAUUCGCCAGGAGCUUUCGCCUCAAGUUCGUCAGAACUGGGGCGUCCACGUUGUCAUCCCUGACGCCUCUGAAGCAAGCGCUCCAGUUCUGCUGGUCUAUGAGGGUACCACGAACCCUGCUGAGUACCAGCUGCCACGCGUCCCGCCUACCCAGUCGGAGAUCGAGGCCAUGAAGAAGGCCCUGCAGGAAGCCCAGAACCAUGUGCUUGGCCUCAUCAACCAGCAGGAGAGUCUUGCUUCCCGGUCGAUUGAGGUUCCUGAGAAGUACCAUGACAAGCUCCGGAAGUUCAUCAAGAAGGAGCAGGACAAGAAGCCUGCCGACCAGAUGCGCGUUCGCGUGUCCAACGUCAAGUCGACCGUCAACCUGCGCGGUCCCGCUUCGGCGGUUGAAUCCCUGACCCAGAAGUGCCUCGAGUUCAUCGAGCAGGAGAAGCAGGAGGAGAAAGAGCGUGGCUUCACUCUCGAGUUUGACUUCCCGCAGAAGUUUGCCAACCACUUGAUUGGCAAGGGAGGUUCCCACAUCCGCGAGCUUCGCGAGAAGUUCGAUGUCGAGAUCCAAGUCGAUGACGGCAAGGUCAUCCUCAAGGGUCCCAAGGCCAAGGCCGAGGCAGCCCGCAAGCACAUUACCGACUUCGCCAGACAGCUGGAGAACGAGGUCACCUAUGUGCUCAAGAUCGAACCGAAAUUCCACGGCGAGCUGAUUGGCAAGGACGGCAAGCAGAUCCACAAGCUGUCGACUCGCUACAACGUCCUUAUCAACUUCCCCAAGACCACCAAGGGCAAGGAGGAAGAGGCUUCUGGCUCGGCCAGCGACGCUGGCAAGCCUCGCCGCCAGCAGGCUGCUGAUGAGGUUGUCAUCCGCGGUCCCAAGAAGGGCGCUGACGAGGCUCGCGACGAGCUGCUGUCCCUCCUGCAAUACCUAAAGGAUACCUCGUACUCUGCCACGGUUACCGUGCAGCAAAAGCAGGUGCCAUCCCUGAUCGGUGCCGGCGGCGAGGCGCUUAACAAGCUGCGUGAGAUGACCGGUGCCCGGAUCGACGUGCCCAAGGAUGCUGUUGAUGGCAAGGUCGAGAUCUCCAUCAAGGGCACCAAGGCCCAGGUCGAGGCGGCCAAGAAGAUCCUGCUGGAGAAGAAGGCCAUCUUUGAUGACACUGUUGUCAAGACCAUCGAGGUCGACCGCAAGCAUCACCGUGCCCUUAUCGGUGCUGGUGGUUCUGCCCUGCGUGACCUUGUUGUCAACGCCGGUGGCUCUGCCGAGCCUGCCGAGCUUGCCCGCACGAUCCAGUUCCCCAAGCAAGACUCGGACGGCAACACGAUCAAGAUCGAGGGUCGCACGGCUGUGGUCGAGAAGAUCAUCGCCCAGAUCCAGGCCAUCGUCGCGGAGCGCGAGGCCCAGAUCACCGAGACGAUCGACGUGCCCGUGGAGAAGCACCGGACGCUGAUCGGCCGCGGCGGCGAAGCCAAGCGCAACCUUGAGAUGCAGUUCUCCGUCUCGAUUGACGUGCCCCGCCAGGGCAGCGGCAAGACCGGCGUCAAGAUUGUCGGUCGGCCCGAGAAUGUGGAGAAGGCCAAGGCCCACAUCCAGGAGCUGGUCAAGGAGCAGCCUGGCGAGACCAUCCUCGUGCCCAAGGCCCUUCACCACGCCGUCUCCAACAACGGCCAGAUCUUCCGCCGCCUGCGCAACGACUUCCACGUCACUGUCGACCACGCCGGCCACGCCAUCCCGCCCAAGCCUGCCGCCCCGGCCAACACUCGCGCUCCAACCAACGGCUCCGCUGGCCUGCCGCUCAUCACCGACGAAGCUGUCCAGCCGGACGUGCACUCGUGGGUUGUGAUCACCCGCGAUGCUUCCGCCGACAGCGAGACCAUCCCGUGGGUGCUGCGCGGCAGCUCGGCGGAGGAUGUGGAAAAGGCUAAGAAGGCGGUGCAGAGCGCGCUCGACCAGGCUCGUGCCCACGAUACUACGGGCUACCUGGUGCUGCCCGACCCGCGCACCUAUCGCCACGUGAUUGGCCAUGGCGGCAGCAAGAUUAACUCGAUCCGCAAGAAGAGCGGGUGCAAUGUUACUGUGCCGAGGGAGCACGCGGAUGGGGAUGCUAUUGUUAUUGUGGGUAGUAAGGAGGGUGUUGAGAAGGCAAAGGAUAUGAUCCUGAAUGCGGUGAGGGAGGGGGAGAGUGGACGGAGGAAUGAGUAA